GACGGCGGAAACGGAGGUGGUGACGGAGACGGCGGAAACGGAGGUGGCGGUGGAGACGGCGGUAAUGGAGGAAAUGGUGGAAGCAUCGACGGCUGCGUCAUUGAUUGCUCCCUCGGAAAGUAUCUGCCACAUCCAAGUGACUGCCGCAAGUUCAUCCAGUGUGCCCCGUAUGGUCCUGAAGAGAUGCCUUGUGCUCCUGGAACGGUCUGGAACCAACAGAAACUCACCUGUGAUCACGAAUGGGCUUCUCCGUGUGUGACAGGCCGCUACUUGACUCCGGAAGGUCUGCCAUGUGGAGGAGGUAGUGGUGGAAAUGGAGGUGGAGGUGGAGACGGCGGAAACGGAGGUGGUGGCGGAGACGGCGGAAACGGAGGUGGCGGUGGAGACGGCGGUAAUGGAGGAAAUGGUGGAAGCAUCGACGGCUGCGUCAUUGAUUGCUCCCUCGGAAAGUAUCUGCCACAUCCAAGUGACUGCCGCAAGUUCAUCCAGUGUGCCCCGUAUGGUCCUGAAGAGAUGCCUUGUGCUCCUGGAACGGUCUGGAACCAACAGAAACUCACCUGUGAUCACGAAUGGGCUUCUCCGUGUGUGACAGGCAGCUACUUGACUCCAGAAGGUCUGCCAUGUGGAGGAGCUAGUAACGUGAAUGAGGGUGGAAGCGGUGGAAACGGAGAUGGAGGUGGUGACAUCUGUCAGGAUGAAAUGAGUGCCUGUAGAUUCUGGGCUGCCAAUAAUGACUGUUACUGCAAGCCAACCGAUGGGGAUUGUUCAUGGCAAGAAUAUGUUGCCAAGACAUGUCCCAAGAGUUGUGGAACAUGUAAUGAAGGUAAUGGCGGAAAUGGAGGGGGAGACGGUGGAAACGGAAGUGGAGACGGUGGAAACGAAGGUGGAGACGGCGGGAACGGAGGUGGAGGUGGAAACGGAAGUGGAGACGGCGGAAACGGAGAUGGAGACGGUGGAAACGGAGGUGGAGGUGGAGACGGCGGGAACGGAGGUGGAGAUGGUGGAAACGGAGGCGUUGAUGGAGACGGCGGAAACGAAGGUGGUGAUGAAGGUGAAGAAUGUCCAUUUUCAUGCCCAGAAAAGGAGGGUCUUUUCUCUCAUCCUCGGGAUUGUAAGAAAUGGAUUCACUGUUCUCACAGUAUACCAUUUGUCAAGAAGUGUCCCCUCCAUCUUCAUUUCAAUCCCGUCAAACGAGUGUGUGACUGGCCGUUUAAUGCCCAGUGUAUCGCUACUCCUGAUGCUGACUGCCAGAUUCCAGAGUCUGUGCUUCCCACACAGCCCCCUGAUAUGAAGCCUGACAUUUGUGACUGUGAGUGCUGCCUCAGACCUCAUCCCGAGGAUUGCACAGCCUACUAUUACUGUGAGCCAAAUGCAAGCGCCGUAUUCCACACCUGUUCCGAAGGGCUUGUGUUCAACCCACAGUUGAGUCAAUGUGUUCUUCAAGUAGAUUACCCACAGUGUCAACCUGAGAGACACCCAACUUGCGAUCCUACGUGCGAAUGUCUGUAUCCUGCUCAAAGCUGCUCAGAAUACUACAUUUGUAAUGGUGAUGGCAUUCCUGUUAAAUAUGAAUGUAUGGGAGGGCUUUACUUCAAUGACCAGAAACACACGUGUGACCUCCCUGAAAAUGUUUCCUGUGAGGAAAGGCGUAAAAGAAAUGAAAUAGACCCUACGACAGAACAACACUACAUCUUACCGGAAGAGUGUAAGGAUCUGCAAGGAAUGUAUGCCAUUAAGGACACACCAAGUUCGUAUUACCUUUGCAAUCACGGCGUAGCCUUUGAAAUGCGAUGUCCAGAUGGUGGGGUGUUCUCAAGCAAAGCAAAGAAAUGCAUCUUAAGGAAGUAAAUAGUAGGCUACAUACACACAAAAAGAAACAAACAAACUACAUAAAGGUUACUGACAGAUUACAGUUCUUUUCAAACCUGUA